AUGUGGAUUAAAAUAGGAAUUAUUAUUCUUAUAUCAAGACUUGAGGCUACAAGUUCAACUGUAUUCAAUACAACUACUUGUUUUGAAGGGAGAAAAGGAGCAUAUACCAUGGAAUGUAAAAAGAACGGCACUGUAAAAAGUCUGGACAUUAUUGCCAUAAGAAAUGUGUAUUAUGGAACCAAACUCAAAGCAUCUACAUGCAAGCAGGAUGCCUGUUGUCUGCCUAAUACAACAAGUGACUGUAUUUAUAGAAAGAAUGAUAAAAUAGAAGACAUCAUAAAAGCAUGUUCUGGAAACACAUCUUGUUUUUCUCAGAUAAAUCGGGUGUAUAAUUAUGGCAAUUGUAAAAUACUCAAUGUUAAAUACUCAUAUUUUGCACAUUUUGCUAUCUUGGAAUAUGCGUGCAUUAACAUACAGAAACUUAUGGAUAUGUGUGACGCUGGUAUAACAAAAAGAGACAACAGUCUAUAUCUUACUAGUAAUAUAUUUGGUAACAAUGACCAAACUGUCAACACAACAUAUUCAUGUGUUGUUACUACCAACUGUAAUAGAACUAUUCAGAUAUUGGCUGUUGAUGUCAGAUUAGCUCUAGAUGUUCAGAAUUCUGUUUGUUAUGAGGAACUGAUGAUAACUGAUGGUAAUACUAUAAAAAAUAUAACUUGUCAAGACUCAGGAUUGUAUUCAUUUCAACCAAUAUUUACCAGCAACUCUAAUAUUGUUAAUAUUAAUCUAACUACCAGAGAUAAACAUAUUGGUAAUGUAUGGAUACAUGUUCAAGGUACAGAUGACGAAUCUGAAAUAGAAGUAAGAUGUGGAGAUAAUACUCAAUUACCAAUCAAUGAUAAUCAUAUGUGUGAAAAAGAUAAACUUACUACAGAUUUGAGUACAGAAUCAGCAACAAACACUGCCUCUAUAAGUCUCACAACAACCUUAUGUACAGACUGUGACCAGCGUAACCAAGAUAAGCAGUCUGGUUUGUCAGCUGGUAUGUAUGGUGGCUUAAUUGCAGCAGUAAUUUUAAUAAUAUUAAUAGCAUUGGUCACUAUUUUAGUUUUAAUAUCCAGGUCAAGGAAAAGGGAAAAUAAUGAAAGCAAUGAAAACAUAUACAAUACUGGUGUAAAGGAAUACCAUCCAUAUGAAACAAUGGCUUCUCCAGCAGGUCAAGCUACUGAUGGAGCAGUAGGUGUAACCAAUCCUGCUUAUUACACUGAUAAAGAAGGUGUUCAGUCAACUCAGUUGUGA